ACAACGCGCUUUGUAAAUCACGUGUUGCCGGUUCACUGACGCAAAUCUUCCGCGACUUCUGCUGAUCGUUCCUCCAUGUGAAUGUCGUCUCUGCUGUUGUAAAAGCCGAUUUGACGAGGUGCUCAGGUGAGAUGUGGGGGCAGAUGCUUUGACUGGUUGUUGGAAAUAGGAAAUCCCAUUUUUCAAAAUGACCACGAGGCUGCUGUGCAGAUGGGUGCGAUUAUUUCCUCGCUGCCCUCAGGCCACCACAGCCCGACUACAGACCUCCACAGUGCACCAGACAGAGCCAGUGUGCCUGAUGUCUCUGUCUUGGAUCCGUCCUUCGGCUAGGAACCUCUGUCAGGGCAGUGAACUUGCUAGGAUAGAGGAGCUGGCAUCACCAUAUGAACAAACGCAAAUAAUCCAACUCAUUAAAAAGGCAUCCACCCCAGAAGAAAUGCUUCAGUUGUGGGCAGAGCACGGUGGAACGGCCAGCGAUGCUGCUAGGUGUCUGCUCCAGUUGAACCUGCUGGUCCUAGAGAAAGGUGGAGAAGAAAUCCUGCAGGAUCCGCGCUGCAUAAACAUGCAGGAGACAGUACGAUCUCAGGUGUCCUCAGUGUGGAAUGGAUCUCUGGUGGGUCUUUUACGUGCUCUCAGCAUGUUGGGUCUCCCUUCUGAUGCCCCUCUACUCCGCUCCGUUCAGAAUGAAGUGGUCUGGAGGAUCCGACGCUUCACAUACCGUCACCUGGCCUACCUGGUGGACUGGGUGGCCUUUCAGCAAAGCCAAGGGUAUGAAAAUGAAGAGCUUACCACAGCCCUGCUAAGACAACUGGAGCUGCGCUGGACAGAGCUGUGUGACAGUCGUGCCAUCACCAUUCUCAUGAGCCACGCUUCGCUUUUCAGCCCCUCUCUGGUGGACAAACUGGAGGAUAAAGCACUGGAGUUUGCAGAGAGCUUCAGCACAGAGGAUAUCCGGAAGAUGGCAGUUGCACUGGCCUCUCAAAAAAGACGAGCUGUUCCUUUGUUACGCGCUCUCUCGUACCACAUCAACCAGAAGCCCUCUUUUGAACUGAAAACUCCAUUGCUGCUUGAUAUUGCAUAUGCUUAUGGUAAGCUGAAUUUUCACCAGAUACAAGUGCUCCAAAGAAUUGCGACAGAACUAUUGCCUAGGUUGUCAGAACUAAGUUCCCUCGAUGUAACACGCUGCGCCAAGUCUCUAGCCCUUCUCAAGUGGCUCCACUUGCCUCUAUUCGAAGGUUUUGCUCAGCACUAUGUGAGUAAUAGUAAAAAUUACAACACACUGCAGGUGUGUAAUCUCAUCCUAUCUUUUGCAAAACUCAACUUCCAGCUCGGCAAAGGAGAGGAGUUUUACCAAAAGGUACACAAAGCUUUUGAAGGUUCUUUUCAGAAUUUAGAGCCUUUCCUGAAAACAGACGUGGUGUGGUCGCUGUGUGUACUGAACCAGGCCAAUCCUGAUUACAUCUCCUCUGUUACAAAGUAUGACUUUCAGAAGAAACUAAGAGGUGGCAUUGCGGAACGGACUGAGAACUAUCGGCUGAAAUUGCUGCAUAUCUCUGCCUUUGCUCAGUUGGAGCCUCUAGGAAUCACUAUUGAAUCUCCCGCUGUUCUGCAGCCAACUCCCCAGAGCAAAGUGGAGGUCAGCACUCCUCUGCAGAGCAGCCUACACGCAUCCCUCCAGAACCUGACCAAUGGCCGCACACAGGCCCUCCGCACUGCUGUCAAAACCAUAUACGGGUGGACAAUUGACGGAGAGCUUGUGGUAAAUUCCGAAAAUAAACCUAUUGAUUUGGAGAACUUGAAAGCCCCUCAUUUACCUGGCGGAGGUGGACAUGUUGCCUUACCUGCAGGGGCUCGACGAAUAGCGUUUGUGGCUUGGGAUUUUCCUAACUUUUGCCUCAGGAGCAAGGAUCUUCUGGGCCGCUUUGCCAUGCAGAAACGUCACCUACAACUGGCUGGGUUUAUAGUGGUGGAGGUGCUGUACUUUGAAUGGCUGGAGUUGAAGAGCGACUGGCAUAAAGUGGCUUACUUGAAGGACAAAUUAGGGAAGGCAGUGGCUGAGGACAUGUCUAAAUGAGCCAUCAAUCCUGUCAAUAACUUUAAAGGCUUUUGACACAGUCUGCUCAUAGACAUCAACAGCCUCUGACAUAAACAUGAGUUACAGGUGAGAGAAUGACACGGAUAAUAAGUAGCAGAUAUAUACACAACAAAGAGAUCAAGGCAGCAUCCUCAAUUUUAAAAUCCACUUGAACAUCAGAGUGGAAAUCAAAUGCGUCUGGGAACUGUGAUCAAUCUCUGCAGGAACGGAAAUCAGAACCUCCUGAAAUCAGCAGAUGCUCGGAUGCAACAGAAUUGUGUAUCUGCUGCCUUCCCAAAAAAGCCAAAAAACUAGGCGAAUGUUGUGAAAUGAAAGCGUGAGUGAUAUGAAGGGUAUAACCAAUGUUCACCACAGGGGAAAACUACUAAAUCAUCGGCCAUUUGCGUUAAUCGUCCAUUUCCUCGCACACAACUGGACUUUCACUACUUUCACUAGUAAUAAAUACAUACUGUUUUUGAUGCAGUUGCCUAGACAACACAUGGGGCUUUCCUUGUUGCCAAGGAGACAGUUGUUGGGCUGGAAAUAUUUAUGGCAAAAGGAACUGAGAGUUGAGUACUUAAAGAUUAUAUUAGAAAGCACCCAUCUUUUGGUGUUAUGUCAUUAAGAAAGAAAAAGUAAAAUAACUUGCCUCACCUUAUCUGUAUAUUUGCAAUUAUGCUUGCGAUUUAAUAAAAAAUAAGUAAAACAAGACUAUGUAACAAUACAUACUGGAUUUUAAUAAAUAUUUCCUUUUAAAUAUUUUAUGUUGAAAAGGUCGUUAUUGAAUUCUGGUAUGUUUAGACCUAGUUGAAGACCUGUUAUUUGCUGUCACAUAAGCCUGAAGUUACAAACUCACGGACCAGUCUUCAUGGAGAACAGAUCUUACUGUAGAAAUCUUGUAAGAUUUCAUGCAGAGAAUGUACUUGCACCUCCGUGUUUGCAAUGUUCUGUGUUACCAUCAAUAAAAUCGAAUCUCAUACUUUGAUCAAAGAG